CUCUAGUCAAAGCGUGGAAGGCCAGUGGAUGGUUGGCUUGUAGAUAUAUGAUAUUAUGUGAUAUUAUAUAUAUAUGAUGAUAUGUGCAGUGUUUUGGUGGUUGUCCCGUGCUUGCAUGAGCUAGGCUCCUGAAGCUGACAUUAAGUCGAUCCGAUCCCAGAGUGCCUGAUGAGUCCAUGAGCUGUCGGACGACAUCUACUCCAUCCCAUGGACAGUCGUGUAGACUUGGAAUAAUGAGUGUUACACUCCCGGUCACUCACAUGGAAGUGGAUGGCACCACCUGUUUGGUGUUCACACAAUAGUCAUCCAAGGGGCCAUGCCAUCCACUUCCAUGUCAAUUCCAUUGAGUGUAAGUCGUAAAGCUAAAUAGCUUGGCCGUUGGAUACCUCACGAGGCCCCUCGUCUAACCAGGCCGACGAGCGGGGAAACCUCGUUUGGCGAGGAACCUCUCGGAAUUUCAACCCGGACUGUGCUCGAGCUGCAAAGGUUUGCAUCGCAGAAGUGGAAGAGAUCGUCCCAGUGGGCUCACUGAGCCCUGAGGAAAUUCACCUCCCGGGCAUCUAUGUUCACAGGGUGAUACAGGGCCAGGGUUACGAGAAGAGGAUAGAGAAGAGAACAGUCUCCGCUGCCGGUGGAGAAAUCAAGGUGGACAAACGCAGAGAACUCAUUGUAAGGCGCGCUGCCAAAGAAUUGAAGGAUGGCAUGUAUGUCAACCUUGGCAUCGGCAUGCCAACGCUGGUGAGCAACUACACAGCCCCGGGCGUCCGCAUCGAGCUGCAGAGCGAGAAUGGACUCUUGGGCAUUGGCCCCUACCCCUCCGAAAGCGAGGUGAACCCCGACCUCAUCAAUGCGGGCAAGGAGACCGUGACCAUGAUCCCCGGCUCGUCGCUCUUUUCCUCCUCCGAGUCCUUCGGAAUGAUCCGCGGGUCUAAAGUGGAUGUGACCAUUCUCGGUGCCAUGGAGGUGGCAGCCAAUGGCGACUUAGCCAACUGGAUCAUUCCGGGGAAGAUGGUCAAGGGCAUGGGCGGAGCCAUGGACUUGGUCUCCAGCGACUCCAAGGUGUUGGUCGUCAUGGAACAUGUGGCGAAAGGCAACAAGCACAAGCUUAAGCCCAGCUGCAGUCUUCCGCUGACGGGCCAACGGGUCGUCGACCGAUGUAUCACCGACAUGGCCGUCUUUGACUUUGUCACCGAGGGGGCCGAGGCGCCUCCCACACUAAUGGAGAUCGCUCCAGAUACCACUGUGGACGCGGUCAGGGAGGCCACAGGCUUCGACUUUCAGGUCGCCGAACCGUUGAAGACCAUGCUGGCAGAUUGAGCGUUUGCUGGGCAUGUACUGCGCACUUGGCCAGACAUUCCCCUCGUUUGAAAGCGUACAGGAUAAUGUGGUCUUCGCCUUUGGCAUUUAAGAGCCAAACAGGACAGCCCAAUUUGAAGUCAGUGUAUCCAACGCCUUGACAUGCUUAGUAAGCAGACCGGUGCGGCCCUUUUGCUUGUUCUUUUUGCUGCCUCGUGUGAAUAAAAAGAAUGCGUGGGAUGCACGCUUGUCUCAACCCUAUAGGUUUAGCGCUGUUUUUUUGCCAAAACCUGUUGGAGUUGAUGGAGCGAAACAGUUUCGCUCGGACGACCAGCGUGCCAAUUGCGCACGCAUGCGUUAAA